GAGAUUGCGGCGGCGGUGACGUCGUGGCCGGUCUCGGCAUGAAGGUUUCGUUCCGCCAGCGUUUUCCGCCGGGAGGAGAGGACUUCGCGGGCGCGAUGGCUUUCUUCCUCAAACCGCGGCCGCGCACGUGGGAUCUUGCCCUGGACUACCACACGGCAAAACAGUUUGAAGUGGACGUGACCCUGGAUCCGGCCACGGUGGGUCCUGAGGUGAUCCUCUCGGAGGACCUCAAAGAGGCCACCUGGGGUAGACCCGGACGCCGGUGGCCCGAAGGUCCAGGCCGGUUCGACACGGAUCCGUGCAUGUUGGGCAGUGAGGGCUUCACCUCGGGCCGUCACUACUGGGAGGUGGAGGCCAACGGGCGCUUCUGGGCUGUCGGGGUGGCCCGCGAGUCCCUUCGGCGGAAGGGCCGCGUCCUCUUCAAGCCCAACGCCGAGAUCUGGGGCUUGCAGAAGUACGACGAGCUCUGCGUGGCCCUCACGGCUCCUUCCAACACCUCCGUCCCGCUCCUCGACGGGGAGAUCGGCGUCUACCUGGACUACGAGGUGGGCCAGGUCUCCUUCUACGCCGUCGGCAGCCGCCCAACAACGCGUCUUCACCUUCCCCGUGGCCUCCUUCAGCGGGGAGAGGGUCUUCCCCUACUUCUGCGUGCUCCUCUCCACCAUCAAACUGGCCCCCAGGGGCUGACGCGCCGGCGCAGGGACCCCCCGAAGCCGGUUGGAAACGCUCCUUGA